UCUUGUGCAGCCCAGUAGUAAUUGACCCACGGACUGGUACCGGUCCCCGGCCCGGGGGUUGGGGACCACUGUUGUAAAUGACAUGCACGAUGUUUGGCACAUCGCAGUAUAAUAAUGGUUUAAAAACAUGUUUCAGGUACCAUCACUUGCCACCUUCCCAGCUCUGUAAGCUCAUCUCAAAGUGAGUUCAUCACCUUAACAUUCCCGUCUAAGAGUUUACGACAGUGUUUCUAUAUGUUUAGUCUUUGGGCAAACACAGCCUAUCACAUCCCCAGCAAUCAUUGACUCUUGGCCGGUGACAGACAUCCAUCUCUGGGCUAGACUUGAAUAGUGUCACUCUGUUGGGACUGAAAUCUAUCUGGAAGAAUCUCAACUGAGAAACAGUGUUUGUCUUUGAGAAGUCUCAUUAGAAUUAAGUCUUUCAUUGUGAGAAUGGAGUCACUGAGAGACAAACAAGCAGCCUUGAAUGGAUGCUGUCUUUGAAUGCUGAAAUGUGGGUGCAGUCAGUGUUUAAUGGGCCGGUCAGAAUGGGGGCUUUGUACUUUUGGCCCACUUUGGAGGAGAUAAGGACGUUAAAGAUCCUUGCCUUGUUUGGAAAGCCAGGUGAAGCAAGAAAUCACCGUGUUAUUUUGUCAUCAUCUGAACUGCGGUCUCAUGAAUGUGUUGCACCUGCCGGCCAGGAAUACAUUUUUAAGGCUACAAAGGGAGAGGGGAGGGGGGUACAGUUGAGCUACAAGGAGGCUUUUGUCUAGUUGGUAACCUGAGGUGGCAGGAGGAAGUCCCCGCCAUUACUGAGUGAUAUCCUGAAGGCUGAACUGACUGGACCUGGGAACAGGUGGAGUCAGGAUGGAUCUGUCUGCGUGGAGCUGGUGCUGCGCGGGAGGAGUGAUCUGAAGCUCCAGGAUGGGAGGAGAGGAGAUGGCAAAGUCCAGUCUCGGUGACGUGGAGUUAGACUCUGGGUUUUGCACGGAAGCUGAUUCAGAAGCAGCAGGACUCGACAUCUGGUUCACCCUCGCCGGACACAUCGGUUACCAGCCGGAGGAAAGCAGUGAGAGUGAUGGAGAGAAACAAUCUCAGCAUGAGAUGGGGAUUGAUUCGGAGCUGAUGGAAAGUGCGGCCCAAUAUGUCAAUGAAAGGAGGGAAGACACACAAACUGAUGCAGGUUUUCAUGUGAGCUUGAGGCCAGUGGCAGAGAGCGGAGCACAUGUCAGGAUUUCUCUGGGAGAAGUGGAACGAUACUACAGAUUUUCCCGCUGCUGCUGCUGGCUGUGUGAUGACAUCAUGCAGCUGGACAGCAGCCCCCUCCGAGCUGCGGACAUCACGCCGGAACUCAGGAAGCAGUUCGCCUUCUUAUCAGGUGGCAGAGGAGACAAUGGCAGCCCCAUCAUUGUCUUCCCAGAGUUCCCCACAUUUGGAGACAUCACAGACCGGGAGUUCCACAACGUGCUCUCCUACCUGACCAGCGUUCCCAGUUUGUCGUCGACUGGCGUGGGCUUCAUCCUCGUCAUCGAUCGCAGACAGGACCGAUGGGCGGCAGUCAAAGGGACCCUGCUUCGCAUUGCUGGUGCUUUCCCAGGAAAUCUCCAGCUGGUUCUGGUUCUGAGGCCCACCCAGCUCCUCCAGCGCACGCUCUCAGACAUCCUGUUCAAGUUCAACAAGGAUGAGUUCAAGAUGAAGGUUCCGGUGAUCAUGCUCAGCUCUGUUACGGAGCUGCACACGUACGUCGACCAGUCCCAGCUCACUCAAGACUUAGGGGGUACACAGGACUAUUGCCAUGAGAAGUGGAUCUCUCAUCGCACUGCAAUUGAAGGCUUCGCUCUGAUGGUGAAGAGAACGGCUCAGGCCUUGCAGUCUUUCGGCACAGAACUGGCUGAAACCGAGCUCCCUAACGAAACACAGGCCACCAGCAGCCUGCUCAGCUCGCACUCCAGCAAGAAAGACUUGAUGAAGGAUGAUCUGCGGCUGGCUUUGGGGCAAGGCAGUCGGCUGCUGGAAAACAUCAACGAACCUGUCGUGAGAGACCCGGACCACAACAUGAACCAGGACGAACUGGAGAACCUGGCAACCGUGCAGAGACUGCUGUCUCAGUUGGACGAGACUGAGAGAGCGUUCGAUGAGUUCUGGGUCAGACACCAGACCAAACUGGAACAGUGCCUGCAACUACGCCACUUUGAGCAGAACUACAAAGAGGUGAGAGCGCUGCUGGAUCAGCUGUCCGCUACACUGGAGAACCUCAGUGAAGUGGGAAUCAGCCCAGGUCACGCCGACCAUGUCCUGUCUGAGCUCAGCUCCUAUGAGGAGAGAACGAGUAACUUGCUGAGCAGAUCUGCAGCUUUGGCCCAGGAGGGUGACGACCUGAUCCACAGCUCUCACUACGCCGAGGACUCCAUCAAGCCGAAGUGCAGUGAACUCAGAGCGGUCAGCGAGGAUCUCAGCCUCAAAAUGAAAGCCAAAAAGGAUCACCUGCUCAAAGCCGUGGAGCUGCAUCACUGUCUGGAGCGGGCGUCGAAGUGGUGCGACGACGGGAUAUACCUGCUGGCCUCGCAGCCGGUAGACAAGUGCCAAUCACAUGAAGGGGCGGAGCUUGCUCUGCAGGAGCUGGAGAGCUACCUGGACAGUGAAGGUCCGAAUCGGUUGCCGGAACUCAGCAUGAUAUGGGGAGACUAUGAUGCUGUGCUGAACCAGCAGUUCCGGGAUCAAGUGGAGAAGAUGUUCCAGAAGCAGACGUCCAUGAUGGAGAUGUUCGAUAAGAGAAGGGUCAGUCUGAAGAAGCUGGCAGCCAAACAGACCAGGCCGGUGCAGCCUGUGGCUCCCAGACCCGAGGCCUAUAUCAAGUCUCCUCUCAGCUCACCUGCUCACAGAGGACACCUGGAGCGGGCCAAGUCUGAGGGCGACGCUGGGAACUGUGAGAAAGGAAACGGCCAACUGCACAACGGAGACGGCAGCAGCAGACAUGCGUCUCUGUCGGAAGAAGAGGAGAACCUGGCGGUGCUCAGGAGGCACGUAAUGAACGAGCUGCUGGAGACGGAGCGGGCUUAUGUGGAGGAGUUGCUGUGUGUUUUACAGGGCUACGCCUCUGAAAUGGAUAACCCGUCGAUGACCCACCUCAUCCCAGCGCCCUUACAGAACAAAAAGGAGGUGCUGUUUGGUAACAUGCCUGAAAUCUACCACUUCCACAAGAGGACGUUCCUGACGGAGCUGGAGCAGUACACCGACUGUCCUGAGCUGGUGGGGAGGUGCUUCCUUGAGCGGAUGACGGACCUGCAGAUCUAUGAGAAGUACUGUCACAACAAGCCGCGGUCUGAGAGUCUGUGGAGACAGUGCUCGGACUGCGCCUUCUUCCAGGAGUGCCAGAAGAAGUUGGAGCAUAAACUGGGUUUGGAUUCGUAUCUGCUGAAACCUGUCCAGAGAAUCACUAAAUACCAGCUGCUGCUGAAGGAGAUGCUGAAGUACAGCAAAGGCUGUGAUGGAGCUUCUGACCUGCAGGAGGCGCUGACAGCCAUCUUGGGAAUCCUUAAAGCUGUCAAUGACUCCAUGCACCUGAUCGCCAUCACAGGCUAUGAGGGAAACCUAAGCGAUCUCGGGAAACUGCUGAUGCAGGGUUCAUUCAGCGUGUGGACUGAGCACAAGAAGGGUCACGCCAAAGUCAAGGACCUGGCCCGGUUCAAACCCAUGCAGAGGCACCUGUUCCUCCACGAGAAGGCGCUGCUCUUCUGCAAGAGGCGUGAGGAGAACGGAGAAGGAUACGAGAAGGCCCCCUCCUACAGCUUCAAGCAGUCCCUCAGCAUGUCGGCGGUGGGAAUCACAGAAAAUGCAAAGGGGGACAAUAAGAAGUUUGAGAUUUGGUCCAACUCCAGAGAAGAAGUCUAUAUUGUCCAGGCACCGACCGCCGACGUGAAAACCACGUGGGUGAACGAGAUCCGGAAGGUUUUGACCACUCAGCUGCAAGCCUUCAGAGAAGCGAGCCAGCAGAGGGCGCCAGAUCAGGUUUUCCAGUUUCCUCCGGUGUCUGGUGGAACAGUCAGCCUGAGCCCGUUCAAAACUGCACCCAAAAGCUUGAAAAGGAGCGAGGAGAAGAAGAGCGAGCCGUUCAGCCCCGACGCCAACUCGUCCUCCUCGAGUCCUGCAGGGAAAGAUGAUGCUGCCACAAGUCCGACCUGUGACAGAAACGCUGCGGCUAAAAAGCGUUUUACUUUGCAAGGAUUCAGUAACCUGAGAGCUCAGAAAGACGCUCCGUCUCCUGAUGACAAAAGUUUUACUUUGCCCAUCAGCAUCCUUCUGUCAGCAGGGUCUCCACCCAGCCCCGAUCAGAGCACGAAGCGGCAGAGCGAUCCCACUCCGUUCGGGUUCAAAGGCUGGAACAAGACCUCCCUGUUGCUUGAUGCUUCAUUGGAGCAGGACGACGACUCAAGUGCGGAGGAGCCGCUGAACUCUGACCCUGAGGACGAAAACGUCAAGAAGCUGAGCGCUGGUAAAUACACUGUCAUGUCCGACUAUGAGAACGGAACCAACCAGGACCUCUCCGUGAAGAGCGGGGAGGUCGUCCAGGUGGUCAGAGAGGGAGACGACGGGCAGUGGUUUGUGCGCAACCUGAGUUCUGCCAAGGAGGGCUGGAUGGCAGCGGCGAGUCUCGUCACCAUCAUCGAGAGGUCCAAAUCCUGUCAGUCCCUCACCAGCUCAGAAGGGAGCGGCUCCGGGAAUCUCAGCACUUCGUCCAGCUGCAGUGAGACCUACACCAACUUCUCCGACAUCAAAGUGUGAACCCCAGUUGGCCAGCAGACGACGACACGCGUGUAUUCGGUCCAGCGGGACUGAGAUCAGCGGAUACAUCCGUCCUCCUUCUGCCUGUCGUCCACGCACGCUGCUGUACAGCCUGCCUUCUGCCCCUGUCGUCUCACCUCCUCAAGCACUUUUCCUGACUUCACUCUUCUCUUCAUUCCCUCCGUCCGUCCCGGACCAGCUGCUCCCUCUGCUCUUACUGUUCGUGGAUUAUUACUGACCAGAGAUUAUCGAAUAGCACUAAUUUAUUCCCAGUGGAGUUGAAGCUCUGAAUGUAGAUAUUGUUUAUUAAUCUUCGUCGAAUAAUGUUAAUACGGGAAAGGAUAUAUUGUACAUGAAGUAUGGUGAUGUUGAUAUUUGUGUCUAUAUUUUUUACAUUAAAGAA